UAACUAUAACAUAUUGUUAUAUUACUGUAACUGUAAUAUAUUUUGCACAGAUGAUUUUCUAUCAUAUUGUACACAUAUUACUGGGUGCAUUCCAUAUUUUAAACACACAAAUAUUGACAAUUCGUAUAAUUUAUUAUUAUUAUUAUUAUUAGUAGUAGUAGUAAUGUUUUUUUGUGUGUGUCUGUCUGGCUCAGGGUGGGGGCGGUGUCACUGCAUCCAAAGGUGAUAAAAAAAACUCAGCUCAGAGGUGCAUUUUGCUCCUGCAUCAACAUUUUUACAUCUCACUGAAUUUCGAGUGCGCACCUCCAGUGUGUGAACGAUUCACUAUUCAUGGGACUGGUCGGUGUGGUGCAUCUAAUGCCUGGUGGGUCGGUCGGUCGGUGGGUGGUUUGUUUUGAGUGACUGCAGCAGCUGCGGAGCUGGAAGAAGAAUUUCCUCUCCUGGGACUUGGUGGUUGUGUUGAGCGCCUGAUCUGGAGGCAACGUGAGGAGCGCACAUACCUCCAGAAAACGCACAACAAGACUCUUCUAUCCUGCAGCUGCUGAUGAGAGGAGAGCUGACCGAUCGGUGAGGACAAAGACACCAAGAAAGAGGAAAAUCAUCUUUCAGCAGAGGCACAGAGACGACUCAGUAUACCUGAAAAAGGAUCCAUAGCAUGGGAGCGCUAUGUUGUCCAGGAAAGGACUCAUUCCUGAGGAUUACCUGCUCACACGUCUGGCUGAAGGUGUCCUGCAGCCGAAGCUGUUCAAGGCCAAACCGAGGAAAGCUCGCUUCGUCUCCAAAAACGGCACCUGCAACGUUGCGCACACAAACAUCCGAGAACAGGGUCGAUUCCUGCAGGACGUCUUCACCACUCUGGUGGACUUAAAAUGGGUCCACACGCUCAUCAUCUUCACCAUGUCCUUCUUAUGCAGCUGGCUCCUCUUCGGCAUGAUCUGGUGGCUCGUUGCGUUUGCGCACGGAGACCUGGACCAGAGAGGAAACGACGACUUCAUCCCGUGCGUAACCGACAUCCACUCCUUCUCCUCGGCCUUCCUCUUCUCUAUAGAGGUCCAGGUGACCAUCGGUUUCGGAGGUCGCAUGAUCACGGAGGAGUGCGUCUCCGCCAUCAUCAUCCUGAUCGUGCAGAACAUUGUGGGUUUGGUCAUCAACGCCAUCAUGCUCGGGUGCAUCUUCAUGAAGACGGCGCAGGCCAAUCGGCGCGCGGAGACGCUCAUCUUCAGCAAGCACGCGGUGAUCUCCGUGCGCAACAACAAGCUGUGCUUCAUGAUGCGCCUCGGGGAUCUGAGGAAGAGCAUGAUCAUCAGCGCCACCGUGAGGCUGCAGGUGGUGAGGAAGUCCACCACGGAGGAGGGCGAGGUGGUGCCUCUGGAUCAGAUCGAUGUACACAUGGAUAAUCCAGUGGGGACUAAUGGGGUCUUCUUAGUGUCUCCUCUCAUCAUCUGCCAUGUGAUGGAUAAAGACAGUCCUCUGUAUGAGCUGUCUGCGUUUGAUCUGCAGCAUGACGAUAUUGAGGUGAUCGCGGUGCUGGAGGGGGUCGUGGAGACCACGGGCAUCACCAUGCAGGCCAGGACCUCCUACGUGUCGGAGGAGAUCCUGUGGGGGCAGCGCUUCGUGCCCACGGUGUCAGAGGAGGACGGCAUGUACGCGGUGGACUACUCCAAGUUCGGCAACACCGUGAAGGUGCCGACGCCCUGCUGCAGCGCCAAGAAGCUGGAUGAGACGGGAGGCAUCGCGAGGUUUAAAGUGAACGAGGGCGUCACCUUGAAGGCGACUGUGAGGAGGAGGAGGGGGUCCACGGUGGUCCGCAGGUCCAGGGUGGAGACUCUGAGUCCAUGAUGAUCUGUGUGAACCAUGUCUGCAGGAUGGAGACUCUGAACUCAUGAUCUGUAGACCAGGGGUUACAGCAACCUGCGGCUCUUCAGCCCCUCUCCACUGGCUCCCUGUGGAUUUUAAAAAAUGGAAAUGAAUAACUGUUUUUUGUUUACAUUUUCAUUUUUAUUUAUCAUCUA